AUGGCACAAGCGCAUCUAUGGCAAGCUGUCAACAAGUCCGGUCGUUAUGCUGCAUUCGCAACCAUCCACACCCUCCUCGCUUUUAUUACACGACUCGAUACUGGUGUUGCCGGUCCCAUCCUGGAGGACGCGACUGCAUCUCUCCUCCUGCCGAGUGGCGACAGUCUCGCCGCACUGGCAACCGUUCUGGCCCUCCUCCACUUGGUCGCAAGACUCUCUGCUGGUAUUACCGGUGCCGUCUUGGAGGACGCGAUUGCAACGGAUCUCGGUGAAGCGGUUAAGACAGGUGCAGCCGUCCUCACCGUCUUCACAGGGGACGCGAUUGACGUUACCAGUGCCGUCCUGUUCGGUCCUGGUGCAUUCUAA